AUGGCGGGUAUGCACACCUCCUUGAGGUCCCAACCACCGUCCUCCAACAGCAACUACCACUUUUUCACCGCCAAAAUCCUCCUCCUACUGACCCUCCUCCCCCUCUCAUUAGCGCUCUUCGCCUUCGUACUCCAGUGGCGCGGCGGAGGUAUCGUAGAUGAUCCCAUCUCCCGAUGGUCCCCUGAUGACUCCCAUACCAAGUUCCCUGGCAUGGAUACCUCUCCUUCAGCCACUGUUGGCCACUCUCCUUCUUCUGAUUGCUCUAUGCUCUUGGGAAACUCCAAUGCAUUGUCAUUUCCUUAUUACAGGGACUGGAAGUUCAAGUUUGACUCCGAUCUUAAGCCCAAGAUAUGUAUUACAACAAGUACAUCAGCUGGCUUAGAUCAGAUACUGCCAUGGAUGUUCUAUCAUAAAGUUAUUGGGGUAUCAACCUUUUUUCUUUUUGUUGAAGGGAAGGCUGCAUCUCCUGCUGUCUCCAAAGUCCUUGAAUCCAUUCCUGGAGUGAAAGUAAUAUACAGAACCCAAGAGCUGGAAGAGCAACAAGCAAAGAGCCGCAUCUGGAAUGAAACAUGGUUGUCGAGUUUCUUUUACAAGCCUUGCAAUUACGAACUCUUCGUGAAGCAAUCUCUUAACAUGGAAAUGGCAAUUGUCAUGGCUAGGGAUGCUGGCAUGGACUGGAUAAUUCAUGUAGACACUGAUGAAAUGAUACAUCCAGCUGGUGCAAAGGAGUAUUCUUUGAGACAAUUACUGCUUGAAGUGCCUGGGAGUGUGGACAUGGUUGUCUUCCCCAAUUAUGAGAGCAGUGUUGAACGAGACGACAUCAAGGAUCCUUUCACAGAGGUAUCAUUGUUCAAGAAGAACUAUGACCAUUUACUAAAAGAUACAUAUUUUGGCAUGUAUAAAGAAUCAGUCCGUGGUAAUCCAAACUACUUUUUGACUUAUGGAAACGGGAAAUCAGCUGCUCGAGUUCAAGACCAUCUUCGCCCCAAUGGUGCACACAGAUGGCACAAUUAUAUGAAAACUCCAAAUGAGAUCAAGUUGGAAGAGGCUGCUGUCUUACAUUACACAUAUUCCAAGUUCUCUGACCUGACUUCUAGGAGGGAUCGAUGUGGUUGCAAGCCAACAAAGGAGGAUGUUAAGCGAUGCUUUAUGUUGGAAUUCGAUAGAGCUGCAUUUCUAAUUGCUUCUACUGCCACAGAGGAGGAGAUGCUAAACUGGUAUCGUGAACAUGUGGUGUGGACUGAUAAGACCGUCAAUUUGAAAUUAUUAAGGAAGGGCAUAUUGACGCGCAUCUAUGCUCCCACGGCCAUAGUCCAAGGUUUGAGGGAGUCGGGGGUAUUUAGCUCAGUGAUUUCUUCUGCCCAAGGAACUCUCUCAAAGGACAAGUUCUUAGCAUCCAUCGACAGCAAUAAUUCCUCUUCGGCCAUUGCCUCUCAAUCACAUCCAUCACGUAAGAUUGGUAGAAACCGAGAGUCUCAAGCGACAGCUAGAAAAACUCUAGAAAUGACAACCUUCCAUGAAGCGGCUGUCCCACCAUUAUCUCCUCCAGUAAUGGACCCUGACCUUAUGAUUGAAGCAUGA